UCUCUAAAAACUAAUGCCCAAUUCUAAGGUCCCACGACUCUCUAUCUCUCUCUCUGUUACUACUAUAUAUAUUGAGAGAGUUAGGACAGUCUCACCACACAAUAACACAUCCACAACAGAUUAUCAUAAAGUCUUCAACCCUAUCCCAUCCACUCAUUCUAGUGCAAAAUGAAACAACUACACAUUGUCCUCAUCCCAUCCAUGGCCCAAGGCCACAUGAUCCCCAUGCUCGAAAUGGCGAAGCUCUUCAUCACAAGAGGCCUCAAAGCCACCAUCAUCGCCACCCCUUCCUUCUCCGCCCCCAUCACCAAAGCCCAAAGCUCGGGCCUCGAAGUCGGCCUCGCCCUCACCCCAUUCCCUCCCCAGGGCUCCUCCCUGCCCCCCAACAUCGUCUCUUUCGACCAAAUGACCAAUCCCGAUCUCACCUCCAAAUUCCUCCGGGCCAUGGAGAUGCUGCAGGACUCCGUCGAGGCAAUCCUGCAAGACCUCCGCCCCGACUGCCUCGUCUCCGACAUGUUCCUCCCGUGGAGUGCUGACUCUGCUGCCAAAUUCGGAAUCCCACGCCUGGCCUUCUACGGGACCAGCUACUUCUCGCGGUGUGUGUCGGACCAAAUCGAGCUCCGCAAACCAUUCAACAGCGUGACGUCGGAUUCCGAGCCGUUUCUCGUGCCUGGUCUUCCUCACGAAAUCACGCUUUUGAGAUCGCAGAUUUCUCCGUUUUUUCUUGAAGAAAGUGAUAACGACUUCGCAAAACUGUUUAAGCAAAUGAAUGAGGCCUGGAAGAAGACGUACGGAGAGGUUGUGAAUAGCUUCAAUGAGCUCGAAUCCGCUUAUGCCAAUCACUACAAGAACGUCAUCGGGAGGAAGGCAUGGGAGAUAGGCCCUCUUCUUUUAUGCAGCACCAGCGACAAGAAUCAGCAGAGAGGAAAGGAAUCCGCCAUCGACGAGCACGAGUGCUUGUCUUGGCUCGACUCCAAGAAGCCAAAUACCGUCGUCUAUGUGUGUGCCGGCAGUGUCGCCACCUUCAGCCAAGCACAGCUGCGCGAGACCGCAGCAGGGCUAGAGGCGUCCGGGCAAAAUUUCAUAUGGGUCGUGAGGAAAAACAAAGAAGAAGACGAGGAUUGGAUGCCACUAGGUUUUGAGGAGAGAGUGAGGAACAGAGGGCUGAUCAUAAGGGGGUGGGCUCCUCAGGUGAUGAUUCUCAAUCAUGCGGCGGUGGGGGCCUUUGUGACGCACUGUGGGUGGAACUCGACUCUGGAAGGGGUGUGCGCAGGCGUGCCAAUGGUGACAUGGCCGGUGUUCGCGGAGCAGUUUUUCAAUGAGAAGCUGGUGACAGAGGUUUUGGGGACUGGGGUGUCUGUUGGGAAUAAGAGGUGGAUUCUUAGGGAGAGCGAGGGAGUGGAGCGGGACGCGGUGGCAAGGGCGGUGGAGGAGGUUAUAGUGGGCGGAGGAGCGGUGGAGAUGAGAAGGAGAGCUCAGAAUUAUAAGGAAAUGGCUAAGAAGGCUGUUGAAGAAGGUGGAUCUUCAUAUAAUAAUUUGAAUGAUCUCAUUGAGGAACUGAGCGACUAUGUUGCUCCCACCAAACAAGACACAAAUUAGGACUUUUUGUGUGUAUGAUUUUUGUCUACUUUGCUAGUAAGUAGUGGUAUUUUAUUUGAUUGAAAAUGCAAGUUCAGUUAGCAAGAAAAAUAAUCUGCGACGAAAAUCAAGGCUAGGGAGUAUAAUUUUUUUUAAAAAUAAUUCAUAACCCAACUAAUUCUUAUUUCUUCAUUAAUUUACAUCCAUGAUUAUAAAGACUCACAGCAUCAGCAGAAACAGAACAAAACCUUC